AUGGCGUCUAACUCUGUAAAUUAUCAGAGUUUACAGUGCACCGAUCUGAAGAAUAUAUUGAAAUCGAAAGGUAUUCCGUUUUCUAAUAGAAAUAAGCAAGACUUGGUUGAUUUAUGCGAGGGAGCAGAGGCGUUAAAUUUGCCACAUAUCGGUCAUUAUGAUGGUGAUAUACAGGCCUCCAUUAGCAGACGAACGGUUCGUGGAAAAACAUAUCCACACCCAUAUCAUGAUGGUAGCAUCGCUUGGACUCCGAAUCUUGCCAUUAUACCCUCUAUAGAUGCCUUUGACGUGUCAUCUUUUCUUCAAAACUACUGUGGGUGGUCUGAAGAACGCUUACGGAACAGGAAAUCCGACAGUGGAUAUAAGCUUCAUUGCUCUGGUCACAUUUAUGAUGUCGUCAUGGCUCUGUUAGGUGAUGAUAUGUGUUUUAUCAAGGGAAAGUGUGUUCCUGAAACACGGCAGUCCAGUGAUCCCUAUAUCCCGUGGAUUCUGGUUGAAAAGUCUGGACACAUAUUUUCAGCAGAAUGCACAUGUGUUGCAGGGGAUGGGUCCUGCAAACAUGUUGUCGCCCUACUAUUUGGCAUUAUUGAUCACGUCACAUCCAUAGAAGACCGAAGUACCAUUGGAGUCACAGAUACUGCAGCAUAUUGGAAUAAACCAAGAAAAGUAUGCAGGCCAGUGGCUGUUCAUGACUUAGAUAUCAGGAUUGACACGAAUGAACCAGAUAGACCACGACCGUCGGAAGAUUCUGGAUAUUUGCCACUUAAGUCAUCAGCAUUGGAUUUAAAGUCUUUGGAGAAGAAUAUUGUUCAAGUUCUCAAAAAGAGCAAUACACUAGCAGUGGCCUUGUAUACAUUGUCAGAUUCUGAUGAUGACAAUGAUGUGUCUAUGGGUAUUGAGGACACACCUAAAAAUAUUAUUGAUUUAAUGUCAAUGCAUGGUCAAGAAAAUUUGAAAGUAGAUGAUUCUUAUGUUAAAAAAGUAAAUGAAUUCACUAAAGGGCAAUCCAUCAACCUUAUGUGGCAGUACCAGAGAAAAGGUAGACUGACUGCUUCAAACUUCUUCAAUGCCUAUCACUACAGAGGUGAUAAAGCGGACAACUACAUUGUAAGAAGUAUUAUGGGUCAGUAUCAUUUCACCUCAAAAUCAGUCGAAUACGGAAAACGAAAUGAAUCUGUCGCUCGAGAGAGAUAUGUUGAUCAAAUGACAAGUUGUCACCCUUCAUUCAAGUGUGCAGAGACUGGAAUCUAUGUUUACAAAGAUUUCCCUUUCUUCGCUGCAUCCCCUGAUGGCAUUUCUGAAUGCAAGUGUUGUGGAAAAGGACUUGUUGAAAUUAAGUGUCCUUACAGUUCAAGAAAUGAAACAUCUCAGGUUGCUAUGUCAAAAAAUUCAUCAUGUGCAAUUGUCAAUGGAAAUUAUGAAUUGAAAAAGAGUCUGUCCUCCCCAUUUUAUGUCCAAAUGCUUGGUCAAAUGGCAGUAUGCAAGUUUUCACAUUGUGAUUUUGUUUUGUUUACUCAAAAAGAUAUCUAUGUAGAGAGAAUUCAUUUCUCAAAAGCAGAUUGGGAAUUGUUAUCUGAAAAGCUUAAAAGUUUUUAUAUGCAGUACGUUUUGCCAAACUUAGUUUGAGUAUAUCAUGUACAUAGAAUGUAUCUACAUCAUAUAUACCUUAGUCAGGUACCUUGACUAUUGUAGAUUGUAAUACUUUGCAGAAUUGAAGGUGAUGUAUGUCACUUCAACUCAUUUUCAAUAUUUUUUGUUCUGUCAUAAGAAACUUUAUCAAGUUCUUUGAAUUUAUUUAUACACUCCAUUUUACUUCAUUAUUUUUAUAACAUGUUCCAAACAAUAUUUCAAUUUUUAAAACCACUCUAAAGACUUUGACUGACUUCAUUUUUGUACUCAAUGACAGUAUAAGUACAAAGCUGGAUUGAUUCAGAUGUAUGAAACUAGCAAGUUAUCUACUAGCAUAAAUUUUAUGCUGCAUAAAAACGAAUACUCUUCUAUAAUAAAAAUGAACAUAAUUUGCCAUGAUACUA